AUGAAAGAACUACCUAACACAUCGAUCGAUUAUUACAUACUACCGAAUAGGAUCUUCUGUAGUAUGGUUGGAAUGUGGCCUAUCGAAGAGAAAAGUUCGACGUGUAGCAAAAUAUUCGCAUAUAUCCGCUUGAUAUUGGCACUAAUAGCAAUCAAUAGCGUUUUUGUGCCCGAAAUUAUGAUGAUAGUAUCGAGUUGGGGUGAUAUAACGAUCCUAGCAGGAGUAGGAUGUGUUUUAACCACGGUCGGACAACUGUUGUUCAAAAUGAUUUACCUAAUAGUGAGAAGAGAAAGAUCAUAUAGACUUUACUAUGAAAUACGAAGUUUAUGGAACAUUGCUAGCGAUUCGAAGGAAAUGCAGUCUUACGUAGAACUUGUUUAUUGGGCACGAAUUUGUACGAUAGUUUUUUAUUCGUCCUGCAUGUGCAAUGUGAUCACUUUCUCCAUUGCUGGAGUUGUUGAUUAUUUUAGAUUCGAAUACAACGCAAGCAGUACAGAUAACAGCCGACAUUUACCCUUUGUUGUCUGGUAUGGUACAGAUAUUUCAGAAUCUCCUAAAUUCGAAAUUGCUUUCAUUUGUCAAAUUCUAUCAUCCAUGGUUUGCGCUACUACGAUCUCUGGCUUGGAUGCUUCUUUUAUGACCACGAUUUUGCACGUGUCUGCUCAAUUUAGACUAAUCAAUACCUGGAUCAGUAAUAUGGGAAUUGAAAUAAAUUGUAACCCAAAUUACACGCGAAAGAUAAAGAUGGAACUAAUGAGAUGCAUUCGCCAUCAUCAACGAAUGAUACAAAUCAUACCGAUUCCUGUCCAAUUUGUGUCUUUGACAAUACUACUACUUUUAUGCAGUGUGGUGAACGAAGUGAAUAAUUUGUUAACACCCAUCAUUUUCAUGCAAAUUCUUACGAGCGGGAUAGAAAUUUGUUUGAGUGGAUAUGCAAUGCUAGAUAGCGGGACAGCAAAAGCCGAUCUAGUGAAAUUUAUAUCUUAUUUCAUUUCCAUGGGGAUACAGCUCUUAUUGUGGUGUUGGCCUGGUGAAGUUCUCGUUCGAGAAAGUCAAGACAUAGGGCAUGUAGUUUAUCUCAAUGUACCGUGGUACGAUUUACCGCCAAUUUAUCAGCAACAUCUUUGCCUUAUGAUUGUUAGGGCACAACAAUAUUGCAGUAUUUCAGCAUUAACUUUCCAAACAUUGUCUAUCCAUACAUUGACAGCUGUAUUCAACACAGCUGCCUCGUAUUUUACUUUAUUACGACAAAUACAAGAAAAGUAAACUUCAAAGAGAUGAGGAAGGCAAUCUAUGAUUUUGCUCAUAUUAAAAACAAUUCCCUUAUAAAACAGUUGGAUGUACAUCCAUAAAUGCGUAGGAUCUUCGUACAAUUAGCUUGUAAUUAACAAAAAGAGUAAAUUUUCAUUUCUUAGCGUACCUGAUAUUAUUUUUCAAUCGAAUGUAGAAUUUCUUUUAUCCAAGCAAUUCAGUCUCUAUCGAAAUUAUUUACGUUAUUCACAUUACAUGAAGUUUACGUAAAACUUCGACAUAAUAUCCAUUUUAUUGAUUUAAAUCGAUAGAUUACAGCUUUCCAAGAUACUACGGAUUCUAUCUUCUAUAUUUCGAUGCUCAAAAUGAAGAUACAUUUCGCUUAACAUCAGAGUUAAGGGUGGCAUGCCGUGUGUUAGGACAAUUGCUGCUGCUGUUGGGUCUUAUAGCACGACACAAUUACCCAGAAAACUAAGGAGUUGGGUAAAAUUUAGCGGAUAUCUGUGCCGAUUACUGUCAAAUGGGGCUUUAACUAGUUCCAGCAUUUCUGUGAUUUUAGCUGUCUUCAAGAUACUGAUUUUCUUCCUUUGGUUACUUCCAUAUUUUCUUUUCUUUUGAAACGGUUUAGGUUCCUUGAAAAUGACUAGAUUCUGUAUGGCUGAAUCAUUGUUGUCUACGGGAGCGUUAUUUAUUCCGGUAUCACUGUUAUCCGUAAGAACUUAUAAUUUGAUUGAAGCUUCCGUAGUUGUAGACUGUGCUCUUGUUUGGUAUGAUUUGUCACUUGAGAUAAGGAAAAUUCCUCUAUUAUCUGGGAUGGCUGGGGAACACUGCUAUUCUGUGACGAAACGUUAGUCUUAUUUUUUUCUUCAGUCCUGGUAGACCCUGGAAUGUUAUCAAUUGCAUACUCUCCCUUCGGGAAUCGCUUGGCUAUAUGUCCUUCGUUACAGCUGAAGGAGAUCAGUUUGUCUGUAAAUGCGAAUAUUCUGUAGGGAUUCCAUAGUAUGUGAUAGAAUCUUUGUGAUGUCUCCUGGGUUGACGUAUAAUUGUCUUCUGAUACUCAAAAUGUGUGAGAAAUCCGAUUCGUGAAGUUCGGCUCGCAGUAAGGAUAUUUCGAAAGUGAUUCAAAUAUUAUUUCUCUGAGAGGCAUUCACUAGACUAUUCUAAUUGGGAAUUGUCGGAGAUACAUCUGAAAAAAUGACUCGUUAAGAUAAAGAGAUAAGUGAUUUUAGUUCGAUAUUGGUGCUGUUUAUACUCGUACUUUUAUAUUUGGUCGCUAAUUCAAUGGCUAACUUUGCAGAAUCUAAGUAGAGACAUGUCCUUGCAUUUGAGAUGAGUAAGAUGAACCUAACUGCGUUUUGGAUCCUAUUAUAUUGACAAUAACAUUUGCAUAGGCUUUGACCGACAUACCUCCUGUUGCUGUCAAUAUUAUGGCCCGCUCAGGGCAAAGCAAUAUUGUAGUAUCACAGCAUUACCUUUUAAAGUGUUAUCUAUUCAAACAUUAACGGCAGUGAGUAAUCAUUUACUUAUUUUAAGAAUGAGAUAUGCAACAGGCCAGAAAUGGCCAAAAUAUAAAACUCUAUGUUAAUAUCAAGAAAAAUCAAUUUCUGCAAAACCAAAAAAAAAUAUGAAGAUUAAAAUAUAAAUUUGAUUUCAGGUAUUCAACACAGCUAUCUCGUAUUUUACUGUGUUACAACAAAUGCAACAAAACUAAAUUCCAACAAAAACAGUCAAAUGUGCAUCUAUAGCGUAGUACCCUCGUACGACAGUUCAAAAAGUAGUCUGUAACAGAAAGUGUAAAUCUCUAACACAUACUGUAUCUGAUAUUCUAUAAUCAAAUGUGGAUAUUGCCCAUAGAUUGUUAUCCUUUCCAAUUUCACAGUUACAUUUUUAUCUUUUUUCAUUGAAAUACUUAUUAACCUGUAAUUUAUCCAUGCUUUCUAAAUGUCGAUACCAAGCGCCCUUUUAGAUGAAAUUUUCACUACAAAUAUCAUGAACAUGAUUCUCCUACA